CCUUCUGGCUCUUCCCUCUCCCUGGCUGCUCUCGCCAUCAUCCAUUCCAUCAUCCAUCCCAUCUCCUCAUCUUCUCCCAACCCCCGCAACAUACGCAUAUAGCUGUUCGACAUGACUUUGGAAUCCAAAAACGUCAUCCACAAGCUCCUUUCGUCGACAAAAUGCUCGGACCUGCUUGGUGGGCUCGCCGGGCCCUACGGCACGUCCGCGCCGCCCCAUCCCGUCUGUCUUGACUCUGAGCUCUCUGUGCAGGAGGGCUGUGCCGCCCUGGCUGCCCACAAGAUCUCGUCGGCCCCGGUGUACGAUGCAAAGGCCGGCGGCUUUGUGGGCAUGCUGGACUACCGAGAUCUGGCCACCUACGUCCUCGAGGUAUUCCACAAGGUUCCCCAUAGCCAAGUCCCGGUCGACGCGGAGCUGGAAAUCACCGAUAUUGUCAAGCGGGCCGUUAUGGACCGGCAGGGCGUUCCCGUCAAGCUGGUCAGCAACCUGUCCCACCGGAACCCGCUCGUCUCGGUGCAAGCGAGCGCCCCCCUAAUUGAUGCCGUCGAAGAGUUUGUCCGUGCCCGUGCCCACCGAGUGAUCGUCCUGGAGCCCACCGAGGACGGCGGCCAGAGAUUCAUCGGUGUUCUGUCACAGUCGUCGAUUUCGGCCUACCUGGCCUCGCAGUUCGGAAAGCUGUCCACCAACCGAGCCCUUAUCGGAACUUGGGCGCUCGGCGAAAAGACCCUUGCGGACCUUGGCCUGGUCUCGGGAGAUGUGGUCUCCGUGACCCAAGAGGAUACGGUCCUCGAAGCCCUCUUCACGAUGCACGACCGCGGAGUCUCUUCCGUUGCCAUCGUGAGCCGCGCGGACGGAUCGUCUGCGCUCUGUGGCAGCAUUGGCAUGACCGAUAUCAAGGAAAUCCUCGCCCAUCGUGGUGGAUGGCGCCGGCUGUUUGAGAACGUAUUCCGAUUCUUUGUCGAGUUGAGAUCGGAGCAGGGCUUGGAGAAUGGCGGCAACGAUCGUGCCCCGUCAUUCACCGUCCACCCCAGCACCACGCUCAUCUCGGCCAUCGAAAAAAUGAGCGCUACCCAUACCCACCGAGUCUGGGUAGUCAACAACAACGGCGAGGUUGUUGGUGUCGUUAGUCUGUCCGACGUAAUGAGCCGCCUCCUCUGAAGCGGCGUCAACCAAGACACAUCCCCAAGCAGGUCAAGAUAGCCAAAGCUGGAUCAAGAUCGCUCUCAUGCCCCUCAACCAGGCUGCAGCGCCGUUGGCUUGAGCCUACUGCCAAGCCAAUCUGAUCAGAAGCCAGCCCGUCUAAGAGCAGCGACA